CGCGGCGCUGUGAUACACGCAUCGCAUGCCUCCCUCUCCCCCCUCAGCCCAGGCUCUGCUCUUCAGGCUGCAAUUAGGAGAGGAGAGGGACUAUAACAGGAAACGUGACCAGGGGAACUGGGCUGAUCUCUGUGGCCACUGUGCUGGCCUGGAAGUUCUUAGUGCUCCCCUCUGAGAAGAGAAUCUGACAGGUCCACAGCCAACAGCUAACAUUACUAAUGCUCUUUCACCCAGGAUCUACCUGUUACUUAUACCUGCCUCAUACGCAUUGGACGAGCUAAAAAGCAGGAGUUCAGAAAAUAAUUCAUCUCUGAUGAUGAGACAGUCUGCAUGGAGGCAGAUGACGGCACCAGAGCUGUGGAUGGGUCUCUUUGCCUUGGCCCUGACCCUCAGUCUAACCAUGGCUGAACAUAUGGAUCAGAGGCCAGCACUCCAAACCAGCCCAGUUCUCCGCAGGCACAAGAGAGAGUGGUUGUGGAACAACCUUUACGUGGAGGAGGAAAGGCCAACCUACUUCCAAUACUAUCUUGGAAAGUUAAAGUCAACGAAGUCUGGUGACAGGACACACUACGUCAUUGAGGGAGAAGGUGCCAACACAAUCUUCAAAGUGGAUGAAAAAGGAGACAUCUUUGUCACUGAACGAUUGGAUCGAGAGGUGAAAAGCAAAUACCAUCUCAGUGCAAAGCUGGUUGAUACCAGCAACAAAUUGGUGGAGAAAGUGGAAGACUUUGUGAUCCUGGUUACUGACAUCAAUGACAAUGAUCCAGUGUUUACUAAAUCGUUCAACGCUUCUAUCAAAGAGAGAUCCAAAAGAGGAACUAAAGUGAUAGAAGUCACAGCCACUGAUGCAGAUGAUCCAACGACUGCAAAUGGAGAACUUGAUUACAAAUUAUUAGAGGGGGGAGAUUUCUUCAAUAUAGACAGCACAACAGGGAUUAUCACCACCAAAUAUGAGAACCUGGACCGUGAGACCCAGAGUAGCUAUGUGGUUGUGGUUCAAGCCCAGGAUCUGAGAGGAAUUAAACAAGGGGGCACCGCCACCACCUCUGUCAGCAUCGCAGUCAGCGACAUCAAUGAUAACAUAGCCACAUUUACCAAAAGUUCCUAUGUAUUUAGAGUGAAAGAGGACAUGAAGCGGGGACAGAGAAUAGACACCAUGGUCCUGGAGGACAGAGAUGAGAUCCAGAAUAAAGACCCCAUCUUCACCAUAGCACCUUCAUCUGACAUUUUUGAAAUGGAGCGCAGUCAGAACAAAGACGGCAACCUCAUGCUGAAAAAGGGACUGGAUUAUGAAACCAAGAGCAGCUACACAUUCUUUGUGCAUGUGAGGGAGAACCACUUGCAGUCCCCUGCGGAUAAUAAGGACAAUCCUUUGAUCAAGGCCCAGGUGACCAUCCAGGUGCUAGAUGUUGAUGAGCAGCCAGAAUUCAGCAAGAGCAUCUACAACUUUAAUGUCAUAGAGGAAAUGAUGGUCAAUAAUAUUGGAGUCGUUUCAGCCAGAGAUCCUGAUCAAGCCAACAAGGCCAUACGGUAUUCCAUUGAGGACAAGGACAGUCCCAUUGGUAUCAACCCCAUAACUGGACAACUUUUCACAGUGAGGAAGCUGGAUCGGGAGUUAGUAGCCAAUCACAUGUUCCAGGUUAAAGCUAAGGAGGAACCAAAUGGACUGGAAUCUUUUGUGAACGUCAACAUACUGGUCAUUGAUAUCAAUGACAACAAACCAGAGCUGUCCAUUGAAGAGAUAUUCGUUUGUGAAAAUGAUAUGGCUGGAACGGUGAUUGGGACCAUAAGUGCCACAGAUAAAGAUGAUCAUUUGCCCGCAUUCAGCUUCACGUUGGUGAAGCCGAACGGCAACUUUUCGGUCGUCGAUAACAACGACAACACAUCUAACAUAGUGCUGAAACAUGGAGGCUUCAGCCUGGAGGACUCCAGGGAUUAUGUAAUAGAAAUUGGGAUCAGCGAUGGAGGCAGGCCUCCCAUGAGCAGCAUCACCUCUCUGCCUAUCAAAGUGUGCAGGUGUGACAACAAGAGGAUCCACACCCAGUGCAAAGCAGCCCAACUCAAAAUGGGUGUCAGUGUCCACGCCCUUAUUGUUAUACUGGUGUGCAUCCUCACUAUUCUGGUCAUAGUGAUCUUGAUCGCUAUGAGAAAACGUCACCAGAAGGAUGCCCUGGUCACUCUGGGUAAGAGUGAGAUCCACGAGCAGCUAGUGACGUACGACGAGGAGGGCGGUGGGGAGAUGGACACCAACGGCUACGACGUGUCCAUCCUGACUUCAGCUCGGAAUGACGGCAGCAUGAGCAUGAGGCAAGGCCCCAGCCUUUACGCCAUGGUGAAGAAACCGCCAACCGCGUGCAAGGGAGACAUGGCCGUGAUGAUCGAGGUGAAGAAAGACGAGGCUGACCAUGACAGGGAUGAGAUCCCCUACGAUACCCUGCACAUCUAUGGCUACGAGGGACCAGAGUCCCUGGCUGGUAGCCUCAGUUCCCUGGAUAGUUCCUCCACUGGCUCUAACCUUGACUAUGACUUUUUAAACGACUGGGGCCCUCGCUUCAGAACCCUGGCUGAGCUCUACGGGGUGGAUGGGUCUGAGGGAAGUGACUCCCCGUAUUGAGCACACUGAGCCUAAAGACCAGCAGGCAGGAUGUCUCUCAGCUCUCUCAGCUCCUCCUUUGACUAAAAGCACAUCGGGAUUAACUUCUUCCACUAAUCCGUCCAAUCAUAGCACACUAUGAUAGGGUCCACUCAAGCGUGUGCCAAUUUUAAGUCAUUCUCUCUUCUUCUCGUUCUUUUUCCUCUUCUUCUACCUCUUGUUCCUCCUACUCUUACUUCUCCUUUUUCCACUCUUUUCCCUUGUUAUUAUUAUUAUUAUUAUAUUAUUAUUUUAAAGAAAUAGUGCUUUUAAUUCCUUUUCUUUCAUUUUAUUUGUUUCUGUCACGUGCAUAUGACGACAAAGGGAAAUAGAUUUGGUGUAAAGAAAACCGUUAACAUUCCACAACUGUGCUUCAUUUAUUUGUUUUACAUUUAUUUGAGGUUUCAGAGGAGAUUAAGAAAAUGUUUGAUUUUUUGUCCGAUUACUCUCACAGAAAUCUGUAUUCCUUCAUUUUGAUUGAUUGUGUUUUUUUUAUGGUUGACUAAAACAACUGUAGCUAUGUAGAGAGGGUGGGUCAUUCAGUGAGUCACAGUGGCAGUUGUCUUUCAGACAGAAUUACCCUUCUCGCCAAGAGCUACUAUUGUCCAGGGAGCCCGGCAGGAAACAAUGAUAACAGAAGCUCUGAAAUAAUUAAAGUCUUUCCCCGUGUAUUUGACAGGACUCAUCCAACACAUCAAUUGUUGUGGAUAAAGCCCAAGUCUCUGAGGUCCACUGUAACAAAAGUAUUACAACCAACUCAGGAAAUGUGAAGUAGCUCAAUAGUCCUUUGGAUGACCACAAAGUUAUCUGAAUAACUUUAACCUUUCAUCCUAGAGCUACUGCUUCAACAUCCCGCUUCAACAUACUGCUUCAAUAUUCUUCUUCAACAACUGCUUCAACAUACUGCUUCAACAUACUGCUUCAACAUAUUGCUUCAACAUACUGCUUCAACAAACUGCUUCAACAUAUUGCUUCAACAUACUGCUUCAACAUACUGCUUCAAUAUUCUACUUCAACAUAGUGCUUCUGCUCCAUUUGUUGAAACAGCUUAAAAUAAUGAGGGCAAUCUACACAAGAUCAAGUUUAUCAUUAUCGCUAUUGUCCUUCUUGACUGAAGACAUAGCAAAAAGAGAGCAAAGGUUUACCCCUGCUUUCAUUAUAUUCCAUUUGAUUUAGAAUGUGGACUGUUUGUUGUAUACUGAAGCUUUGCCUACAUGGGACCACUUCUCAUAAACCAUGGAUACAAUAUGUGGAAGCCAUCUUACCACUUCCCUGUCUGGAUCAUACACAUGGAGAGCUGGACCUCCAUCCUUUUUAAACACCAGAGUCCGCCCCUACACAUUACCCAAACAAAACACUGGAAUCUGCUUCCUGCACAUAUGUGUGUGAGGAAGCCCUCUUCCUGUCCCGUUAUCUUUUAAAGUAAAGCAACACAUUGCGUCCCGUUUUCCUGUUUUCCUGCCUGGGAAAAACCUCUGGAGAGGGCAAAAUAGAUAUAGAACAAUGUAAGAGCCAUGAUGGCUUUAACAACAAGCAACAUUUAAUUUCUGUGUUGACCAUCUACCAAAGAUCAGUAUGGUGAAACCUCGGCAUACAAUAGAUGCCACUGGUAAACUGUGCUGUAACGUUGUGUCUCUAGUACUCUAUUUCUAUAUAACAUACCUGAUCUACUUUGUUCCGUACUAUUAAUGAUCAUUGUCUGCGCACAACUCUAUUCUAUUUCACAAGCUCUUACUGUUAGUGGUGCUCUUCUGUAAACCUUACGGCAAUAAGUAACUUGGCAAUACGGGAUCCAUGUUAUCGAGAUUGUGAGUACUGGAAAUAUAGUUGUCUACACUGUAUAUAGAAAUGUGCCUGAAUAUUGAUACUGGCCUCACUUCCUUUUGCGUUUUUUCAAAAUUAUUUUACUUGACACUGGUCUUUGUCUGCUGAGUGUAAGUGUAAAGUAUGUCGUUUUUUAACACUUGUAGUUUAAUUGAUGUGUCAUUGUGCAUUGAUUGAUGCUAUAUGUAUGUGUGAGUCUACCUGUGUAAAUACACUUCAGUGGGUGUCAGUAUUGGGCACCAAAGGGAGAAGAGAAAACAUUCAAAUGCAUUCCUUUUGUAUGCAGCUAGGUCAUUCUGUAGGAGAGCAAUAUGUGCCUUGGUUUAUGAUCAUUCUCUCGAUGGUGAACACAAUCUUUUCUAUGGUUUGUAAUCGUGUAAAACAACAACUUUUUAUUUAGUCCCAAUUUUGUAUGUGUAAAAUAAACGUAGCACUCAAAAGUC